GAUAUUCUGCCUAAGAACGAGAAAACUAACAAAUUAAUGGCGCUUUAAGGAACAACAUCCGUUGUCUCGUAAAGUGGUGACACUGAUCGUAUUACAGGACAGGGGCCAUUGUAUACUCGGGAUGACAGGUAAAGAGCCAGAAAAGAAGCAUGACGUCCACAUUCCAGUCAAGACGAAACUGUUUGUCUACAUGUCCCACUGUUUCACGACAAUGGGUGCCCGGAUGUGGUGGUUUGGUAUCGGAUUGUUUCUGGUCGAGGUGACACCUCAUUCACUACAACUCACUGCCCUGUAUGGUUUCAGCAAUGGCGGCGCCAUGCUUCUCCUGGCGGCCGUUAUUGGUGACUUGAUCGACAAGUCUAACAGACUCAAAGCUGCACGUGUUGCCCUCGUUCUCAAUAACGUCAGUAUCGCCAUUUGCUGCGUCGUCAUAUUCCUCGUCCUGACGUACAGACCCCAGAUCGAGGCUGUUUGGGAAGACGCUCGGCUCCUCACUCUCUGCUUCGCCAUCGUCGUUAUCAUCACCAUUUUCGCCAACCUGACUAAUCUAGGUCGUGUUCUCAUUAUGGAGCGAGACUGGAUUGUGGAAAUUUGUCAGCGUGACAAAGCAACAAUCGCAACGAUGAGUGCGACGUUCCGCUUCAUUGACUUGUGUACUAAGGUGGUUGCUCCCUUGGUAACGGGACAGAUUAUGACGUAUGGUUCCCACAUUUACGGCGCCAUAUUUAUUGCUAGCUGGAACGUUGUUGCCCUGUUUGCGGAAUAUUACCUGAUCCGGAAAAUCUACACGCUUGUGCCAGCUCUUCAUACAAAGUCAUCACCAGAAAUAAAAGAGGUGAGCAAAACGGAAAGAUCGGCACAACACGACAAAGAAUAUCGGACCCUUCCUUCAGAUGACGUACUCACAUUGAGUAAGGAGUCGGAAGUGACCACUUUACCUCGCGUAGAGAUACACGAUCUGACCCCUGACAGUGAUACAGCGGAAAGGUCAAACCAGAAUGAUACUGAAGGAUGUUCAACAGUUAACAAAGAUAAGACCGAUCAACUAUCACUAGAUGUGGAGGAAAGUGGAUCUACAACAAAGACUGACGUUAAUGGGGAUACUAGUACUACUACAGUCGACCAGUUAUCAAAUCAAAACACCACACUCAAACCAGGAGAAAGUGAUUUGAAAUCUUCACCAACCAAUGACAGAAUUAUAACAUCCAUAAAAGAUUCAUCAAACGAAAUAUUUCGCUCUUCAGAACAGCAACUUGUUAAGAAAGAUUUGGAAUCUGUCGAGAAUGCUCCUAGUGUAGCUACGAAGGACACUUCUCCACCGGAAAUACAAGAUGUCGAUAAGCCAAAAAGUUUAGCAGCCCAGCUGUGUUACAGCUUGGUAUCCCUGUACCGUGGAUGGAGGACCUAUAUGAGAUAUGACGUGGCAGUAGCCGGUUGGUCACUGGCUUUCCUGUAUUUUACUGUCCUUGGGUUCGACAAUAUUACAAUAGGUUACGCCACCACUCAGGGUAUGUCGGAGUCCUUAGUUGGUAUCCUGAUAGGAUGUGCUGCUGUGUUCGGUAUCAUUGCCUCCGUAUCCUUCCAGUCCUUAGACGGAAGUAUGGUUUGGUCAGAACCGGAACUAUAGGUCUAAGCUGGGAAGUUGCCUGCCUCUGUCUUUGUAUUGUUUCUCUUUGGAUGCCGGGAGGGACGUUCGAUCCAAACAGAGACUGGUCAAAACAGGAAAGCACCAAAGGUAACUGUUCAAAUAUCAUACCAACUACAUCCGGGACACUGAUGUCAACUGCUCUUGUAACAACGCCUUACGUCAAUGUAACCACAGAGCCUAUUGCAGAACCGGAAAUGGACAUAUCGACAGUAUGUAACUACGCAGCGGAAGUGAUGGACAGUGUUCCGGAGUCUAAGGCCUCCAUUAUAAUGCUACUGAUGGGGAUAGUAGGGGCCAGAUUUGGUGUCUGGCUAACUGACCUUGCAAUCACACAGUUGUUCCUUGAGGCCGUCACGGAAACAGAGAGAGGACUCGUCAACGGAUUUCAGUCAUCGUUGAACAAACUCAUGGACAUGUUAAAGUUCGUCAUGAUCAUUUUUAUUCCCGAUCCGUCCAUGUUUGGUUACCCAGCUGUAGUUUCAUUCUGCUUCAUCUUCACGUCUUGGUUACUGUAUACUAGAUUCUCUAAGAAGAGAACUGGUCAUUUGUUGUGUGGCAGUGAUAGUACAACAGAUACUAAGUAACGAUACAUUAAUAUAGAAAUAUCAUACAUUAAUCAGAAGGAGUAUACGUCUAGUUCACAAAAUUAGGUAUACAAAAUUUAUUACCUACAAUGUAGUUAUGGAAGGUGCAAUGUCGACUUAUAUAUCAUUUACAGAAAAUGGCUUGCAACAUAACAUAACAUUUUGCACGUCAUGGCCAUGGCAACAUGUAUUUUUUCAGUCACUCGUUUGAGUUUUUCUGUAUGCGAUGUAAAAGUUCAGAUGAAUUUGUUUGCCUACAUAACUUGUUUGGUGGGUUAUGUUAGAUAGAGGGAGAUUUAAACAGGGGGACCCUUACUAUCGUCGGAUACAUAUUAUAUAUACGGGUGUGUGUGUUUUUUGAAGAAGAGUCCAGAAUGUUUUCAGAUAUACGUGUGUAGGUAUUUCUGGACAAAGAUCGUGAAAUGAGUUCGAUCGGUGAUUGUGAUGGUGUGGACGGCAUAACUAUUACAACAGGUCUGAUGUAUGGGAAUGCAAUAGGGACAAUUAAAGGGAGCGCUUCUCUAACCCAGAUCAAUCCGAAAUAGAGGUCCAUAUGGCAUACGCUGUAAAUUAACCCUCUGAUGAAAAUGAUUCGUAUCUGAGGGUUUUAAAUGCACACAAUAAAGGUAUGUUUCAAUGGU